AUGAGCAGCGUCAUCAGGCCGGGCGCGCGCAGGGCUUCCAACAUGGAUUGCGUGAACUGUGACGGCUUCAUGAACGGCGGGGACUGCGAGGUCUCCGUGCCGCUGUCGAUCCCGGGGAAGCGGAUGAUGAAUCCCGUGGAAGGAGACGACCUGUACCGGCUGCGCGACAGGAAACUGCUGAUAGAGGACAAGAAGCGGCUGUGCGCCCUGGCUCUGGGCACGGCGCUGCUGGGGGUCCUUCUGAUGAUCGUCCACGCGGAGAUGUGCCCUGCUGUCUACCACCCCGGCUCAAAAAGUGCAGUUUUCAUCAAUGGAGCCAUCAGCUUGUCCACCGGCUGUCUCCUGAUCCUGAUCGUGGCGUUCCAUUAUAAAGACAUCAAGCUGUUUGUCAUGGACCACAACCAGGUGGACUGGCGCAUCGCCAUGACCAGUCACCGCGUGUGUGUGAUCUCGCUGGAGCUGCUGGUGUGCGCGGUGCAUCCCGUUGGCUCGUACUGGGACAGGGGCCUGCCGUACAACUCCUCCACCCCCUCCUCCUCCUCCUCCUACCCCCUGUGUGUGACGGGACACUGGGGCCAAGGCUUCACCAACCUGGAGCUGCUGCUGUCGGUGCUCAUGUUCAUGCGUCUGUACCUGGUGCACAGGGCCAUCCUCCUCCACAGCAAAGUGCUCCUGAGCGCCUCCUACAGGAGCAUCGGCUCACUGAACAACAUCAACUUUACCUUCCGCUUUGUGCUCAAAGUGCUCAUGAACAAGUACCCGGCCCGCACACUGCUGGUGUUCAUCCUGCUCUUCUGGCUCAGCGCCUCAUGGAUGCUCACGCUUUGUGAAAGACAAACCAGAGCAGCCGCAGACCACAUGAACACGGCUCUGUGGCUCAUUGCCAUCACCUUCCUCACGGUCGGAUACGGAGACGUGUCUCCAAAUACGGGCUGCGGCAAAGUGGUGUGUCUGCUCACCGGAGUCAUGGGUGUUGCGUGCACAGCCAUGUUAGUCGCCGUGGUCACAAAAAAACUGGCUCUGAACAAAGGGGAGAAGCAUGUCCACUUCUUCAUGCUGGACAUACAGGUCUCCAAACGGAUCCGUCACGCUGCUGCUAACGUCCUGCGGGAGUGCUGGCUGCUCCACAGAGCCAACCUAAGCCCCAGAGGAGGAGAGACCAGGAGGCACCAGCGCUGUCUGCUGGAGGCCAUCCGAGUAUUCCGUCAUUUGCGGCUCAAGCAGAGAAGGCUGAGGGACUAUGCCAGUGAGAUGGUGGACCUGCCUAAAAUGCAGAUGAUCAUGUGCGACCUCAGCGCCAACUGGAAUAACUCGUAUCGAGAGCUGGAGCAGCGCAUUCUGUCCAUGGAGCAGAAGUUAGAAGAGCUCACCCACUGCUUCCAGCAGACGUCCGAGCUCUGUCCCACGUGCUGCGGCAGCGUUCUCCCGAGAUCAGGUGACAGAGCAGAGGAGCAAUGA